GCGGCUGCUGCUGCUGCUGUCGCCGUGGCAGCGGAAGGCCGCGGUGGAGGAGGGAGGGAGGGGCAGCCGGGAGCCACCUGGCGCGUCCGCAGGGGCUGCAGAAGCCUAAAAAGGAUCCAUCAUGGCCAAAGAUAUCCUAGGCGAAGCAGGGUUUCACUUUGACGAACUGAACAAACUGAGGGUUUUGGACCCGGAGGUGUCCCAGCAAACGACUGAGCUGAAAGAGGAAUGCAAAGUAUUUGUAGACAAAAUUGCAGAAUUUAAGAAAAUAGUGGGCAGCCUCAUCGAACUUGUAGAUCAGCUAGCAAAAGCAACCGAAAAUGAGAAGAUUAAGGCAAUUGGCGCCCGCAACUUGCUGAAGUCCAUAGCGAAGCAGAGAGAAGCCCAGCAGCAGCAGCUCCAGGCGCUGAUAGCCGAGAAGACAACACAGCUGGAAAGGUACCGCAUCGAAUAUCAAACAUUGUGUAAAAUAGAAGCGGACCAGAACGAAUUCAUCGACCAAUUCAUUUUCCAGAAGUAGAGAGAGAGAGAGAAUGAGAGAGAGAAUUUAUGACCAGC